ACACUGACUUGACUGGUGGGCUGGCAGACGGCGAUUCCACGUUGGACAAAAAUGGCUGGAACCCGAAUUGUUGUUGUGUCGGUCCUGCUGGCCGUCUGCGCCUUUUCCUGCGCCAGGGCCGAUUCCUGUGGGAAACCGGAGGUGACCACCACUACCUACACCACCCAGGAUGCCACUGUGCUGACCAACAUCGCCUAUAUUGCAGAAAUUUCUCUUAAAUGCUCAAACGCCAUCAAAGGUCUGCCCCUGUACGCCGAGGUCAAUGGAAAAAUCUUGACUGCGGCCAGGACCAGCGACGACAAUCGUUACCAGGUCAGCUGGACUGAGGAGGUUAAGAAGGCCCGCACCGGCAACUUCAACGUGAACCUGUUUGACGAGGAAGGCUACACCACGCUGCGCAAGGCCAUUCGCAACGGCGAGGACGUCAGUUCUGUCAAGCCCCUGGUCAGCGUGACGCUAAACCACCCUGGCGCUUACAAUGGCCCAUGGGUCAACUCUGAGUUCAUGGCCGCCGCCCUGGCCGUUGUUGUUUGGUAUUCUGCCUACACCUUCAGAAAUAAGUUGUUGUUUUAAGCAUGUAAGCAUUUUAAGGCAAGUGCGGUUGAUUGAAUACUUUUGUAUGAAACGAAAAAAACGCUGAAUAAAUGUUUUAUUGUUUUCGAAGA